AUUUUCAGAAGCGGUCAAAUCAAGACAUUUUUAGAUUUGAAUUGAGUUCAGCCACAGCAUGUCUGGUAACGUCCAUUCUUCAAGUAACGAAGACGAUGCCAUCGUGAUGAUGCAUGAUAUAGGACGAAUCUUCAAUGAUAAUAUGUUAUCUCGAAGAUUUACAAGUUGGGACAAUUUUGAGACCUGUUUGAAAGAAGUACAUAUGUAUACGCAUACUAAGUACGUUAUGUCAGUAUGCAAAAAGAACAGUGAUGAUCCAACUCUAAAGUACUUUUUCGUGAGAUAUGUCUGUACAUAUGGACGUAAACGCAGUUCGUCAGAGUCAGAUGCUUGCGUUCAGGAUGUAGAUGAUGAUAGUAAUAAUCAUUCUUCUGAAGAGCGUACAACGUCUAACUCGCCAACACAACCUAGGCAAAGGAGACGACAUAGGUCAUCUACGUAUGCCUUACUUCAAAUGAAUUUAUCCUUCAGGUCGAAAUAUUGCGUUUCAAUGACUACAUGCUGCCCUGUGGUCAUAUUUUGUAUGCACAUUCUAAAGAUCUGAUUCGUGGAGACUUAUUUCGACAUAGCAACCGGUGGACAAGAAAAUACAUAAUGGACCUGGUUCUUCGUGCGCUGGACAACAUCUCAAUCUCUACAGGGAGUGAUGAUCUGCUAGAGAAGUUCACUAGCAACUACCACUCAAUCCAUGCUCUUAGUGAACCUUUGGCAAGUAAACUCAUCCGUUCAUGCCUCGAAGCAUCGGAAGACAUAUGCGCACAAGUGAUGAGUUCAAUCGGUGCUAAUGAUGAAGCUACAACGUCAGAAUCCAUUGUUAAUACAGACCAUAGCUAUGCUUCUUGAUAACAAGAAGUUCUAAUAUUGUAAUCUUUUUAGUUUUACAUAAAUUCAUUUAUGUGGCCAUUGACUUAUUCUUAUAGCGUAACGACAGGGAGUGUACUGUGCAGUCUUAUGUGGCGGUGAGACAGGGAUGUUGUUUCGCGUUCUUGUGUAAUAAUUGCCAGUUUGACGCACACGCGAUUAGUCAUACAUACCGUUUACCAAAUACUGCUACCUUGAACAUGGUGUACCGUACUAGUAGUUCGAAUUUCGACCUGUCACGAUAGAUAAGAAUUGCCGUAAUUAAAAGACUGGUGCGUUAUAAAUGAAAAAGUUUAUUAAAGUUUGAAUCUAGCACAAAUGAUCCAUUAAUAAAUAACUUUUAUUUCUUAGGAAUUGUUCCCGUUAGGUCUGUGAACACUUGCGAAGCUAGCUGGAAAUAAGAUAGACAGGAAAGUUAUUUCAGUAUAAAUGUUUACCAGAAACUAGUAUAAAAACGGAAACCAGUAUUCAAUUACAGAUCGAAAGUGCAUUUAGCACACCCUUCCUUUGGAUAGUCAAUCACGCUUAUUUCCUUUAUCUCUUGCGUUGCUUAGGAAAGUCUGGGUCACAAUAUACACGGAUUGUAUUAUUUAAUUCUUUGGACAGGUUGCACUUCGGAAACUUAGACGAUGACCAUAUAUAAUAACUACUGUGUGAAUUUACUUUGAAUCGUCCUGUGUAACCUGCAAUUCUUGAUGCAUAUUCUGUUUUAGUCCCACGUAAGUUAUGAGUAAUUGUCAUUUACGGCAUCAGCACGUAAGCUAGACAGGCCUUGGUUGAUUUCCGAAGAUCAUCACAUAGGAUCUCACACAAUCUGGUCACCUUAGAUCAAGAUAUCUUGACUAUCGAAUCGUACUUUUCAGUGCUUUCUUAUGACAGCUUUAUAUCAGUACUUAUUUCUGCUAUUAGGUAUUUUUGCAAUAAUACCGGCAGCCAAAACGUUGUAGCUCCCCAGACAACCCAAAAAGGGGUAAAUGCUUUGGUAGCGAAAGGGGAAAACGCAUCAGAAUGUCGCCUUUUUCGCCUGUCCGGGGGAAAUAAUGUGGAUUUUCCCCUUUUUCGCCGUUUUGUCGAUAAAUUACUCACUUUUCACCUAAAUGUCCGCUGAACUGUCUACUUUUCGCCUAAAUACACACAGAACUCCCUAUUUUCCAUCUAUUGACAUAACCCCAAAGGUCUCCUAUGUUCGCCUUUAUUUUCAACAACAGACAAAAUAAAUCUGCAAUGCAGUGGAAAACCGGCAUAUUUCUGAAAAUUUUUAUUUAAAAGGUAAAGCGUAUUAUUGUACAACACUAGAGCAGAAGCUUAAGCAUCGAUUGUUUUGCAUAUCCAAUGCAAUUGCUAAUUCAUUGUUAUUUGAAAUUAUCUGCGAAAGAAGGAACAGGUGAUGUAUUAUUUAUAAGGAAUGUGCGUUUAAUCAAAAGUUCACUGACACUCAAACACACAUUCUCAACACUUCUACAGUUUCCCAUGUAAGUAAAAAAGUAAGCUGUUUGAAAAAUACUGUUUAUUGAAAUGUAGGUAGAACAUCAAAACAAUUGCACGGCUAUUGAGAAUUGAGGUAGUCGUCCUGUGAAUUCUGAAUUUAAAAAAGUCACAUCCAUAUCUCAAUGACAUGCUUUGGUACAGCCAAAUACUUGAGUAGAUCUACACAAGAGGUAGUAAUGCUAUCUUAGCUUGGUCUCUGGUAAAAUCUCCACAUAAUUAUACCUCUUACGCAUGAUUAUGAUUUAUUUCCUGCAAUAUAAUCAUCUAGUGGCUAAUAUAUCUAACUGUAGAAGGUGAUAUUAACAUCUUGGUAUGUGUUAUUAUCAUCUAUAGCAUAUACAUAAUAUUUACAACACUCGAUACACCUAAUGUUUUCACUAUCAACCUAUUUCUGCCAUGAAAGUCGAAAAAAAACAGUGAAAAUCAGCCGAAAUUGUGAUAAAGUUGGGAAAAACGAUAAAUCUUACCAUGGUAUCGUUAGUUGUAACGCAGUUUUGGUAGCCUUGACGACUAUACAAUUUUUAUGACGAUAUAUGCCUGAAUCAUGCUAUUUCAUAUAAAAAUAAACGAUUUGUUUAAAGUCAGUGUAUAUUUAAGUAGAAAUAAUUGCUAGUCUGCUAUGUAAACACGAAAAAACUAUUAUAGCAGCACCUGAAUAAUGAAUUUUCAAGGAUUUCGCGAUACCAUGUAACGCAAAAUGGAAAAAUACCUUUUCACUUAAUUAUGAAAACGGAAAGUAG